UUGGCCUUGUAUAGAGACGCUACUUUGAAUUGAGAGUACCAUUUUCUAAUGAGAUGCUGUUAAUUACUUAAUUGUGGAAAUGUUACCAUAACUACUGUUAGUAGUAAAGAUUUAAAUUCAAAGCUAAAGAUCCUUCUGUUCUUAAAAGAUUUUCUGAAUUAAUCACACGUAAAAUCUGACUGUGCUUAUUGAUUACAAUUUGAAACAUUAUAUGUUAUUUUAGACGGUCAGUAUCAUGAGGGUAAUAGCCAAUGCAAGGUUAAAAGAGCUAGGCCAAAGACCUAGCAAACGUGGUUUGGAAACGGAAUCUAGCAGUGCUGAAGAACCCAGACCAAAGCGGACAGCAAUCAUAAAUCAGAAUGAACCUAGAGUUGACGGGUACUGUUGGAUUUGUCACACUGAAGCUGAUGAUAAAAUAUGUGUCACUUGUCAACGGGCAUUUCAUAGUAGUUGCUUAGAUAAGAAAUCUUCAUUUAGUGAGCUAGGAGUUUGCCCUGAAUGCCAGUCCAAAUCUGUGAGUGGUACUGAAUUGACCAGUAAUAAAUUUUUCAAUUUAGAUAAAUUGAAAAAAAUGCUGGAUGUACUUACUCGUCGAAGUUUUGGCAAGAAGAAAGGAAGAAAUGAAAAAUUCUUGAGAUGGCCAGAAGAUGAUAGAGAGAAACUUUUCAAAAUCAUAGACCUUGAAAUUUUACUGGAUAAUAUCAAUAAUGUCCUUCCAUAUACAAAAACUGCAGAAUUUUAUGGUGAUGUGAAAUACAUGUAUCAUAAUGCUUGCAUAGUUUAUGGAGCUAAUUCAGAUGAUGCUAAGGCUGCUGAAAAUUUAAGAAGAGAUUUUAAGAGUGAGCUCUUAGAUUUAGAAGCAUGUCCUGAGUGCUAUUAUUAUUUGUACUGCGAUGUAUCUGAUCAAGAUUCCUUUGUUAGAUUAUGUGAAUCUCCACAUGAUAUUGUAUGGGCUCAGUUAACCGGACACCCUUAUUGGCCUGCAAAAUGUUUGAAAGUUGUAAAGGGUAUUGCUCAUGUAAGAUUUUUUGGAGAGCAUGAGCAGUCUAAUAUACCCAUCAAUAAAUGCUAUUACCUAUCUGAGAGUCAUCCCAAGGAUAAAAAGUCAAGAUUAACUAGUGCAACAAAUUCAGGUGUCAAAUCUCAACGUUUUAGAUCUGCAAAGGUAGAAUUGCUGAAGUACAUUGCUAUAUAUAGCCGCAAGUAUGGAGAGUUUAUGUUUUAUCCACACAAGACAGCUUAUAAACCACAAAAAAAACAAAAUGAGAUGAUUAAUCCCUCAAAUGAAGAAACCUCCAACAGAAAUAAUGCUAAAAUGAAGUUAGAAGGAGUUGUGAAUAAAGAUUCAGAAAUUGAUCUUAUUAAUGCUCCAACAGUAAUGGAAUAUUCAGAAGACAGUUUAACUUUUCAAAACAGUGUAACAAGUGAUAUAACAAGUCCUCAUGAGAGUUUUAAAGAAUUACAUCUAAAUUCGUUUCAUCCUGAAGGAAUUGAAAAAUUUGUAGGUCAGUAUUCAACUCUUGAUGAAAUUAUUCCAAGUGUAGAUGUUACCUCUUUGACGGCGGAAACUGUUGAAGGUAAUUUGAACUCUAAUGCAUCAGUUGUCACUAGUAUUAAUAUGACAUUUUCCACUGAUGAAAAUCAUUUAAAUACAGGGGAUGUUAAUCCUGUGGUUCCAUCAUUAGAAUCCCUACCAUCUAGUGCUUCAACUUCUAGGACUGAAAUUGUCCAAAGCAGUGGAGCUCUUCCUGCAGCUGCUGCAAAUGAUACUUCAAAUGAUUCUUCCAUUCAGAUUGAAUCAUUAAACAAUAUUAUGGAUAAUUUAGCUAAUUUUACAGACAGCACCGAUGAGGAGGAUAGUGAUGUUAGUUAUAUUGGGGAAGAAAGAAAUGAAGAAAAUGUACCGUUCAACCCAGAUAUUAUUCUGCCAUCGCUUCUGGAAACCAAUCCAGAAUUGAAAUCAGUGGUUCAAAAGGCACGAUACUUAUCAGAUGGUAUAAUUAUCCAUUUGUGGGCUAGUAUUACCAAGAAUACUAACUACCUUGGAACCAUAUCUAGGCUGUGUUCUAAAUUAAGAAGAUGUAAAACUCAGCGGAAAAAUACUAAUAUUGAAAUUGAAGGUCUGAAGAAAGAAAUUAACAAUCUUAAACUUGUUGUGCAAGAGCGUGAUAAUACUAUAAAUAAACGUAAUGCUGAUAUUGAGAAUCUGAAUGCGAAGAUUCAUUUGGAAGAAGAAAAAAAUAUUGAAGCUGCAAAUAAUGCAAAAACUAUAAUUAGGAGCUUAAAAAGUGGCUGUUCUAAAAGGAUUGAGGAAAUGCUGAGAACUCAGUUUAUGACUGUUAUAGAAGAAAAAGAAGGCAUUAUAUUAAAAAAAGAACAACAAGUGCUGGAAGCAGAAAAUAGGGUGAAAAAUUUAGAGGAAGAAAACAGAAAUCUAAAAAAGGAAGUUGAAAGUAUUACGAAAGAAAAAGAACAAGUUGAAGAUAAACUACUUAUCACAAAAACACUGAUGUCAUCCGAAAUGAUAAGUGAAUAUAAAAAAUUACAUUUUUGUAUUGUGUGUGAGAAGUCAGCUACCUUUGUGUGCUGCUUAAAUGCAAGUUACUGCAGUACACUCUGCCAAACAAGUAAUAAUGAUAGUCACCAGAAGAUUUGUAAAAGACGAGAGUUGAUCAGUCAAGAUGUUGUAAAGCAGACAGUUAGUGAACAGACUAGCGUUUAUGUGCAUAAUGCACAAGGUGUAAUUACUUCAGAAAGGUCUAUUACCACAGAAAGGUCAACUAAUCCUGGGCCUUCUGGUUCUCAAACUGUGACAAGUUUUACACACCAUAAGAAAGCUGAGAUUAAGCGUGUUGCUGCAGCACCUGGUUGGUCCCCGUUGGAUGAUCCAACUCCAGGCCCAUCCUCUCGUUCCCAAUCUUCAAAGACCAAGCGCCGUUAAAACUGAUAAUUUUGCACUAAUUUUUAUAUUUUUAUCUUAAUUGAAUUUGUCAUUCUCAUAAACUAUCAUUGCAUUUUUAAGUAUUUUCUUCAAUUUGUAAAUUAGGAAAUAUACAAUGCUAAAAGUGUUAAUUUUUUAAAGCAUAUUAUAAAUCAUAUAUUUUCAUUAUUUUAUUUGUUAUACAACAUUUAGUUAUCAUCAACAUUAGUUAGUUUAGUUAUCAUUAAUUAUCAUAUAGUUUUUGCUCUCUCUUUGAAGAAUAGGAAUGAUUAAAAAUUUAUAUUCAAUUAACACUUUUAAUCAGUGUAUGUUAUAUAUAUAUAUGUCAAAAGCAAUCAUUUUUUACUACAUAUUUGAUCUAUUAUUUUAUCAUAAUAAUGCUCCUUGCAUUGUUUUGAAAAAUCUGAUUAUUUGAAUUAAGUAUGUAAAUUUGAAUCAUAUAAAUGUUUUGUUUCAUUCUGCAGUUCUUAUUUUAAAGACAUUUGUGCAUUAUAAUUAAUUUUUGAGAUUUAAUAUAAAGUUAUAACCUAAAGUCCUACAAAUUUCAAAUUAAAAAAAAAAACACUGUAAUUUUAAAAUGUAUUUGAUUGUUUCAAUAGUAGUAUUGACUGAAUAUGUCUAAAUUGAAUCAAAUAUUGGAAAGUUAUUCAUAUUAAUCUAGAUCAUGCAGAACAUACAAAUGUAGAGUAGCUUUAUUUAUCAAACCUAUAAAAAUACCAUUAAAUUGAUUUUUUUCUUUCUUAUUUUCUCUUUGUGUUAAAAUAUUUUGGUAAGAAUUCAAUCAUAGCAUAUGCUCAUGGAAAGAAACUCCUUUAAAUUAAUUUUAGUUAGCAUCCAUAUUUUUUUUUUAAUUAUACGAUUUUAUUAUUUGUUGUUAUUAUUAUUAUAUAUGCGAUUCAGAAUAGAAGUUUUUAAACGAAUUUUUGUGAAUAUUUUGUUUAAAUGUUACUGAGUUGAAUGAAUGUGGUAGAAUUUCUAUGUAAUUGCAAUUCAUUAUUGAACCAUCUUCAUCGGCAUUACUUGUGACAUUUGUAUUGUUGUAGAAGUUUUUAUUAUGUUUUGCAAAAUAGCUUUACUUAAUUAUGUAUAAUACUUUGUCUUGCUAUUUGUAUUAUAUUGUUUUAUUUGACUAUCAUAAUAUUAUAAAUUUCAUAUAAGUUAUUAAUUUUUUAUUCAUUGGUUGGGUUGCAUAAUAAUUAAAAUAGAUAAGAAAAGCUAAAUAAUAAAAAUACAGUAAAAAUAUUUAGAAAUAAUAAAAUAGUCAAAAUUCGAAAGAAAAAGUAAAUAAUUAUUCUUUAAACUGACUGCUCACAUAAUUAUAUUGUUUGAUUUUCUACUAUAUUAAUUCUAUAUUCGCAUUUUCUCAUUUAAUUGUGUCAUUUUACAGAAACUGAAAAAUGUUUUAUCCCAAUUAAAAUGUGACAUUCUGACAAAUUUCAGUUUUGUGUGCAUAAUUACAUGCAAUAUAUAUCUUGUAUUAAUCAAAAUUAAUAAGAGAACUAUUAGUAAUUUAAGGAAAUAAGAUUGCUAGAAUUGAUAAGUUUGGCAGUAAAAUAUUUUGUGAUCUGCUAUUUUAAGUUUGUCAGAAUGUCACAAGAUGCAUUUCAGAUGCAAAAACAAAUCUGAAAUGAGCAUGUCUGUAUAUAUAAUAUAUAUAUAUAAACCUUUGUAACUUUUGUUUGUAUGUCUUUUGUAACUUAGCAAAGAAAGAGGGUAGUAAAGUACACAUUUUUUAAAAUCUAAUAAUCAUUUUAGUAAUCAUUUUAUAAUGUUUACACAUUUAUGCAUUAAGCAUUCAUUUAUGUGUUUAUUCAAUUAAUAUAAAAUAAUCCAACUAAGUGUGAACUUUUUUCCCUCAAGUUGUUCAAUUUUGACAUAAUUGGAAUAAUGUUGGGAAUAUGGAAUUGGAUAAUGCGAUAACAUACCAACUCCAAAUUAACAUUUUGAGAUAGUUAUUUGGAAAUCAAUACAGAAUAAAAUUUCUAAAGUCACAUUAUCAAAGGUAGUUAUUAAAAUUUAAUGGUUUCAAAUUAAUUAUUACCAAAAAUUAACUAUUGUAUUAUUAAUUAUCUGCUGUGCAAUGGAUAACGGUUAAUUUGAUUUUUAGACGGUAAAUAAUAUGCACAGUUUUUGACAGAAAAUCAGAAUUGUAUAAAAUAGUUGUUGCAUCUAAUUGCAAAACUCUGUUCAGUUGUCAAUCCGAGACAUGGAAUUUCAGACCUAUGACACAACCUUUGUAUACAUUUGUAAUUUGACACAUUUGCUGCUGUGAUACAUGCCUGUGAUUCCCACUAUCUGUCUUAUAAGGUCAUAAUUCCUUUCCCACUUCUUUGCCAUAAUUAUAGUACAAAAGUGACCUUUGAAUUAGAUAGCAAGUGUGAAUCGUGAGUGAUCAUGUAGUAGGCAAUGUGUUUUAAGUUAUUUGAGAAUGCACUUUGUAAAAGUUAUUGCAAAUCUUUUAACAAGCAUAAUAAUUUUGCAUUUAAUCUGUAAUGUUGAAAGGAAAUAAAGAUCUUGAUCCA